CCGUCGGCUAGGUUGAGUGAGGGCUCUUGGGUUAGUUCCUGUUAGGCCCCGGCCCGGGAGUAGGUUGAAGUCUCGCAAGAUGCACGGUGGUCUCUGGCACCGGGAGCUGUGAAGACUGCGUGAGGAAGCGGCGAGGGGAGACCCGCAGGCCUGAACAAGAGCGGCGGCCGAGCGCGCCUUCCCUUCACCAUGCUCAUAGAGGAUGUGGAUGCCCUCAAGUCCUGGCUGGCCAAGUUACUGGAGCCGAUAUGUGAUGCUGACCCUUCAGCCUUAGCCAACUAUGUUGUAGCACUGGUCAAGAAGGACAAACCUGAGAAAGAAUUGAAAGCCUUUUGUGCUGAUCAACUUGAUGUCUUUUUACAAAAAGAAACUUCAGGUUUUGUGGAUAAACUAUUUGAAAGUCUCUAUACUAAGAACUACCUUCCACCUUUGGAACCAGUUAAGCUCGAGCCAAAACCACCAGUCCAAGAAAAAGAAGAAAUUAAAGAAGAGGUAUUUCAGGAGCCAGCAGAGGAAGAACGAGAUGGCAGAAAAAAGAAAUAUCCUAGUCCCCAGAAGACUCGUUCAGAAUCUAGUGAACGAAGGACACGUGAGAAAAAAAGAGAGGAUGGCAAAUGGAGAGACUAUGACCGGUACUAUGAACGGAAUGAACUGUACCGUGAGAAGUACGACUGGAGAAGAGGCAGGAGUAAGAGCCGGAGUAAGAGCCGCGGCCUGAGUCGGAGUAGAAGCCGAAGUAGAGGGCGCAGCAAAGACCGAGAUCCAAACAGGAAUGUUGCAGAACACAGGGAAAGAUCAAAGUUUAAGAGCGAAAGGAAUGAUUUGGAGAGUUCCUAUGUGCCUGUUUCUGCACCACCUCCAAACUCUUCUGAGCAGUAUUCCUCUGGGGCCCAGUCUAUUCCCAGCACUGUCACUGUGAUCGCACCUGCUCACCACUCUGAAAACACAACAGAGAGCUGGUCUAAUUACUACAACAAUCACAGCUCUUCCAACUCCUUUGGUCGAAACCCACCACCAAAGAGGCGAUGCAGAGAUUACGAUGAAAGAGGAUUUUGUGUACUUGGUGACCUUUGUCAGUUUGAUCAUGGAAAUGAUCCCUUGGUUGUUGAUGAAGUUGCUUUGCCAAGCAUGAUUCCUUUCCCACCGCCUCCUCCCGGGCUUCCUCCCCCCCCACCUCCUGGAAUGUUAAUGCCUCCAAUGCCAGGCCCAGGUCCAGGCCCAGGUCCAGGUCCAGGCCCAGGUCCUGGCCAUGGUAUGAGACUUCCUGUUCCACAAGGACACGGCCAGCCUCCUCCUUCUGUUGUGCUUCCCAUACCAAGGCCACCCAUAACACAGUCAAGCCUGAUAAACAGUCGUGACCAGCCUGGGACAAGUGCGGUGCCCAAUCUUGCACCAGUGGGGGCAAGACUACCUCCUCCUAUACCCCAGAACCUCCUUUAUACAGUAUCAGAGCGACAGCCCAUGUACUCUCGUGAACAUGGUGCUGCUGCAUCUGAGCGACUUCAGUUGGGGACACCGCCUCCUCUGUUGGCAGCUCGUUUGGUGCCACCUCGAAACCUCCUGGGCUCCUCCAUUGGGUACCAUACCUCAGUGUCCAGCCCCACCCCUCUGGUCCCAGAUACCUAUGAACCAGAUGGUUAUAAUCCAGAAGCUCCUAGUAUUACCAGUUCUGGUAGAUCUCAGUACAGACAGUUCUUUUCAAGAACACAGACACAGCGCCCGAACCUGAUUGGCCUAACAUCUGGGGAUAUGGAUGCAAAUCCAAGAGCUGCAAACAUUGUCAUCCAGACCGAACCACCAGUUCCAGUUUCAGUUAAUAGCAACAUGACCAGAGUGGUUCUCGAACCAGACAGUCGGAAGAGAGCCGUGAGCGGUUUGGAAGGGCCGCUCACGAAGAGACCUUGGCUGGGAAAGCAAGGGAAUAACAGCCAGAGUAAACCAGGAUUCUUGAGAAAGAAUCAGUAUACAAACACCAAAUUAGAAGUCAAGAAAAUCCCUCAGGAAUUGAACAACAUUACCAAGCUCAAUGAACACUUCAGCAAAUUUGGAACUAUUGUUAACAUCCAGGUUGCUUUUAAGGGAGAUCCAGAAGCAGCCCUCAUCCAGUAUCUUACCAAUGAGGAGGCUAGGAAAGCCAUUUCCAGCACUGAAGCAGUUCUGAACAACCGAUUCAUCCGAGUCCUGUGGCAUAGGGAGAACAACGAGCAGCCAGCGCUGCAGUCCCCGGCACAGCUGCUGCUUCAGCAGCAGCAGACGCUUAGUCACCUGUCACAGCCGCACCCUCACCUGCCGCAGCACCUCCAUCAGCAGCAAGUGCUGGUGGCCCAGUCUCCUCCCUCUACUGUCCAUGGAGGUGUCCAGAAGAUCAUGAGCAAACCACAGUCUUCAGGUGCUUAUGUUCUGAACAAAGUCCCUGUGAAACAUCGUCUCGGACCCGCGGGUGGUGGCCAGAGUGACGCAGCACACUCACUGAGCCAGCCAGCUGGUGCUGGGGAGGGCGGCCAGAUAUUUUCAACUCCAGGCCAUCCAAAAAUGAUUUACAGCUCCUCAAACUUAAAGACACCAUCAAAACUUUGUUCAGCAUCUAAAUCUCACGAUGUUCAAGAAGUUCUUAAAAAGAAGCAGGAAGCAAUGAAGCUACAACAAGAUAUGAGGAAAAAGAGGCAAGAAGUAUUAGAAAAACAGAUAGAAUGCCAAAAGAUGUUAAUAUCUAAGUUAGAAAAAAACAAAAAUAUGAAACCAGAAGAGAGAGCAAAUAUAAUGAAGACUUUGAAAGAGUUGGGAGAAAAGAUCUCACAGUUGAAAGAUGAAUUAAAAACAUCUUCUGCAGUCUCCACACCCUCUAAAGUAAAGACAAAAACAGAGGCUCAGAAAGAACUAUUAGAUACUGAACUGGACCUUCACAAGAGGCUAUCCUCAGGAGAAGACACAACAGAGCUACGGAAAAAACUCAGUCAGUUACAGGUUGAGGCUGCUCGGUUAGGUAUUUUACCUGUAGGUCGAGGAAAGACCAUGUCCUCUCAAGGUAGAGGAAGAGGCCGAGGCCGUGGAGGAAGAGGAAGGGGCUCACUGAAUCAUAUGGUCGUGGACCACCGCCCCAAAGCACUAACAGUUGGGGGAUUCACUGAGGAGGAAAAAGAUGAAUUACUUCAGCAUUUCACAACUGCAAACCAAGGGUCAAAAUUCAAAGACCGUCGGCUACAAAUAUCGUGGCACAAGACCAAGGUGCCUUCUGUAUCCACUGAGACCGAAGAGGAAGAAGUCAAGGAGGAGGAAACAGAAGCCUCAGGUUUGUUUUUGCAUGAUGACGAUGACGAGGACGAAGAUGAAUAUGAGUCUCGUUCAUGGCGAAGGAUUUUUUUAUCCCACCCUCAAAUCCCCAAGUGUCAGAAUUUCUCUUUAAUGUGAAUAACUACCAUGACUUAAUUUCUUGGCAUUUUUAUUUGCAGAAGUAACAUAUACAAUCUGAGGUAAAUUCUGUACUUUUUAAAAUGUGUACAACAUCUUUGUAAGUAACUGAUGAGCAAUAACAGCUUCCGAUCCGGCCAGGUGACCUGGUUCACUGGAUGAUGGGAUCGCUGCCCACGAAUGACAAGGUGACCUCGGGGAGUGCAGGUUCCCUCAGUUUCUUCAUGUCGUGACACUGGGACGACAUUGUCACUAGCCAGCAUGACAAAUUGGAGGACAGUCUUGUAGAGGGAAAAAGGCCCACUGGUGAUGGGUCAUCAUUUCAAAGAGAGGGAAAAAUCCUGUGAAAAGGAACAGUGCCCCCUCCUGAUGUAUAGUGCGCCCGCAUCGCAGUUUUUACAAAGAUUGUGAACUUGUGUGAUAGUAUGAUAGGAGAUAUUGUUGCAUUUCUAACUGUUUAUACAUUUGAAUUCAUAUAUGUAAUGUUUGUUUUAUCAAUUACAAUCUGAAUUUCUAAGAAGCAUGUUGACUUUUGCAAUAAAGAUGCAAUAUGGAAUGGUUCACAAUUGGAAAAAAAAGAUAAAAGUAUUACAAAUUUAAGUAAUUUGGAAAACCUAUGAACCAUUCCAAAAAUUAUAACAAUCACCAAAAGAGCUGUAAUUCUGACUUGUUCUGGAAAGAAAGAAAAUGUGUGUAUGCUUGCCUGUGUGAGAAUGAAUGAGAGGCGCACAUUGCAUGUGUGUUACAUGUUGGGUCUCCGUACAUGAGAGAAUGCCAGUGAAUAUGAAUUUGGUUGCUGAGGGCACUGGCUAUUAAAUAGUCAGUAAAGUAGCUCUCUCAACAGGGUUGUCUUGAGAAUGAGAAGGUAUUAAUGUGUUUCUCGUAAGUAACUGAUAGCCAUACUGGUUCCUGGGUGGGUCUUGGGAUUCCCAACGAUAAAGCACAAACAAUUUUAUGAAAGCAAUUAUUUUAGUGUUUUCUUGAGAUUAUUCAACAUGUCUGCCAACAUUAGGAAGGGUAUUUUCCUUAAGCAGAAUAGGGAGAAGGGCAAGAACACCUUGAAGAGAUGACUUAAAAAUAGGUCAGUUCUAAUGUGAUAAACAUUUAGAAGGGAUACCAGGAAAAGGAAGUGACCUUACACACUAAGGAUGGGUGUUGGUGAGAGAGGGAAGUUUAUCACUUGGGCUCUUAUUUUCUCAUUUUAAAAAUUGCUUUUCGUAUAAAAUUCCCCUUCAAUUGAUUCUGCAUUGUCUGAGAGGAGUCAGUCUUUAAAUCUCAGCUUCUACAGGAAAAUACUAAAGAAUGGGCUUAAAUUUCAUUUUCAUUCUUUCCAAAUUUUAUCUUUAUUUUCUGAAUUAGGUAAAUGGCAAAUAAGCUCUCUGUGACCAUUUGUUUUGAAUAGAUGAUAAAUUAUCCUAUGUAUGUUUAUAAUAAAUAUUAAUUCUGGGGAUUCUUACUUCUUGGGGAGCGAGCGUAAUACUGAAACGUCUGUUUAAUAAUAUCAAGUCAUAUUUUACUAAGAUAGAGCUCUCGUUAACAAAUUAUUGGUUUUAUGUGAUUUUUUACUGAUUUUGAUGUAAAUCACUCUAAAGCUAAGGAUAAAUUUGGUAUCAUGAGCCCUAGGGUACUGUGGGUCCAAUUAUGUUACAGUAGACACAAAAUAGGAGUGUGUGUAUCAGCAUGUGGGGUUGUCUUAGAUGAGUCAGGGUUGCUGUAAACAAGUGGACUGGCAUGUUGCAGGGCGGACCUGUCCAUUUUGUAUCAUUUGUUAUCCCAAAGAUCUGUUUGAAGGGCCAACCAACACUGACUCCUCCAAAAAAAAAAAAGCUAUAUGCUGCUUUUGCAUGUGUUAUAAAUCACCUUAGUUUAUGAUACUUUGGUUUACUGCCAAGUGGUGUUUCUACAGGAUCACCUACCAUUUAGCCUCCUAUCUGAUUCUGCGAUCAACCUUAGGUUAACUGAACCAUCCCCGCAGUUCUGAGACAGGUGACAGUACAGGUGGAAACUGAGGUCAGAUAGUGUUUUAGCAUUGUUAGAUACUUGCAUUGGAGUCUGCUCUUCUUAGGCUUCUGCAAACUUCUUUUUGGUGGUGGUGGUGGUGAUGAGCAUAAUAAACAUUGCUGUUACUAUUUAUUUGUCUUUAUGUUCUAUUAUCUUCUGUGGAAGAGAAAGGAAGGUGGCCCUAGGCUAAUGCUAAUGGCCUAUUUAGCUUGUUUUCUAUUAAAAUAAGCCUCUUUUCCUACAUCACUUCAGUUUUAUAACAACUUCAUGGACUUCUGCUACUUUGAUAGAGAUAGUGAUCCUUUAGUUCUUAAAGUAAGACAGUUGGGGUUAUGGUUUAAUACUUGAUUGUUCAAAGUUGUUUUUUACUCAAUUCUUCGUCAGGGGCUGGGUGUAGAAACAAGCCUUUUCGUUGCCUAGCCACGUUUCUGUUGAAGUUCUCAGCAGUGCUUUGUAAAGACCUCAUAAAAAUGAAUGUUUGUUAGCAGUUUUCUGAAGUCCUUGUGAUUCCAUCACUUUGCCCCCAGACAGCUCCUCUUGGGGAGUAUUGAUAUAUUUAUCCCAAUUUUAAAUUAGAUAAAGGUUUACAUACACGUCGCCAGCUUAAUUUUGACUUCUUGAAGAUGAUUUGGCUUCAGGAUUGAGGCUACACACAUGUUCAGUUUGAAUUCUUAGAACAAACAUUGUCUAUUUAAGUAAACUUCUGUUCUGUAUAAACUAGGAAGUCCUAGGUUCUGAACCAACCUCCAACGAAAACGUUUCUUACUAUAGGAUUCAAGGUUUUAACAUGUAGAACCUGUAGAGGGCUCCAGAAGGCAAAACUUAGUGGGCCUUAGAGUGAUGACGAUCUUUCAGUGGAAAACAUCUUGCAUUCGCGGCGCAGUGUCACACACCCCAAACAGAGGCUUACCAAGAGUUCUUACUUUGACGACCCAGUAUGCACCUGGUAUUUUUUAUUCUACUAGAAAUUCUUGUCAGAAGCCAUUUCGCUUUCAAAAUUGCAGCUUGAAAAACACUAGCUCACUGAGUUGCAGAAUAAAUUGCAUUUUUAAAUCAUUCACUCCCUGUGACAUCAUCAAUACUAUUUUGAGUAUAAAAUGAUGAAAUUUUAUCUUCUGUGAUUUGUUUAGAAAAGUAGUGUAGAGUCUGAAAGUAACCUUUGGUCUAAAAGGUGAAAAUAACAUAAAAACCAUCUUUUUUUAUCACUUGAUGCCCUUGAACUUAAGGGUACUCCAUAGUUUUUAAAUUUUAAGAUUGACAAUUGUGACUUUGUAAACUUGCCUGCAGUUUUGUAUUAUUAUUUGUCCUGGGAAGGGAAUGAAAUACUGGUAUACUGGUGCUAGUUCUUAUGAAAUUUAAGUCACUUUGAAGAAGUUAUUUACUUAAAAAAAAGACUAUGAAGUCUAUACAACUAUAACUACUUACUGUCUGAAUCAAGAAAAGAUGAUUUGGCUUUGAAUUUAAUUUUGCUUUUAGGGUUCACCUUAGCUAUCAACCAUUCAAAACAAACCCAGUUUGCUAACUCUGAGAAAACUGUACCUAUUCCAACGUUGUGCCAUUGAAUCUCACCCUUUUCAGACAUAUUCCCUUGAAGGUUUAUAGGAAAAUAGGUAGUGACGAACCUCUAUAUAAAAAAUAAUUACCUUAUCCUUGCCUCUUCAUCUUCGACAAGUGUAUAUUUUGUAUCUUUACGUGCCUGAGUUUUUCCAGUUUCUAAAACAUGAAAGGUUGGGAACAUGUCCAUGAGAGUUGCCGUAUCUUCAGACGUCCGCGGGAGAAAACUGUUCAUCUGCGAAGUAGCAAAAUCAGCACUAAUCGUGAAAAUAUGUAGUUUGUACAGUUGAGUAUUUCUGUCCUCUUGUCUGUGUACACUCUUGGGAUUUCUUAAGCAAUAAAACCUGACUUCCCUAUAAUACCAUGGUACAAAGUAAAUAUUUUGUGUUAAAACUGGUAAUUUUAAACUGUUCACUUUUAAAAAAUAAUAACGCAUGUAUUGGUUGCAGACUGUGUACCAGGUAAUGGCUCAGUAGUUUGCCUGCACUCUGUGCUUGCAGCAGCCCUUUGAAGAAGGUGCUCUUAGCAUCUGUGUUUAAUUCAGAAAACCGAGUCGUGGAGAGACUGACUUGGCAGAGGCCACAGAGCCAGCCUGUAGUGUUGGGACCGGGAUUCGAACAUGGGUGUGAUGCCAGAGCUCAUGCUCUUACCUCUGCUUCUAAUAAAAUGGAAUGUCGCAAGUCUGGAAUGUCACUGGGCUUCUGUAUCAGCAUCGCUCACUGCCGUGCGGCUCCAUCUGUCUCAUUCCCCUUGGAGUGGAGCCAGGCUCCCUUGGGGAUACAACACUGUUUUCACACAGUAUAUUGGAAACCACAGAGAACAGGAUUUAUGUAUGCUAAUUUGUGGGGCAACACUUUAUAAAGUCAUUUUCUGUGACCUCCAUAAUGUACAGCCAGCCAGUUUGAUAAAUUUCAUGAUAAUUUGGUAUAUCAUAAUCUAUGUUUAUUUUAUUUUCAACUUAUCUUAGAUAUUUUCCCUGUGGCAAACUGAAUUAUGAUAAUCUUGCAGUAUUUCUACCUUGCUGCUUUGCGCUUUUCAAUAUCUCUGGUGCCUUUAACCUUUGCAUUGAAAAAAUCAUGUACGUAAAUAAGUUUACAUGCUUUAAUUUAAUGUUUUCAUGCAGUAUACUGAAUUUUCUAGGCAGAAAGUGCUGAGAAUAGCAUUGUUCGUUUAUAGUUACGUUUAUGCCAUAGAUUUUUUUUUUAAGAUUACAUUCUCAGUGAAUAAAACUGAUGUUCAUGUCA